AGUACCUUCCAAGCCUCGGCCGCCGGAGAGAAUAUCGCUCUCACAAUCAACUACGACGGAUCCGCUCUCAACCCGUUUACGCCCACCUACACCUUUGGCGAGCUCAUCCUUCUCAACGCAACCUGGUACAACAUUGAUGUCACCGCGCAGACCGCGUGGCUCAACCGGAACGCAACCUCCACCUUUGUCGCGCAGAUUCCUUUCCCUGCAGGCGUGCUGCCGCUCAUCACCAACCCCCAACUGCCGAGUUACAUGCGCACGCAGCUCAUGCUCACUUGCGCAUACACGCUCGCUGACGGCUCUCUCUCCCUCGCCUCGAUGGCCAUCCUGGAUGGCGAGUCCAUCAGCAUCCCCACUGUCGCACCUCCGCGCCUCAUCAUCCACGCGGCGAAUUGAGGCGGGCUUGACAUUACUGAGAGCAUACGCAGCAUGGUGCAGUGGAACCAGACGCUCAGCGUCAAUCCCGCGAAUUAUCAAACUUGCGUCUCGCUUUGACCUGUACUCACUCAGUGCUGACGGUCCUUGCAGCUACGGCUGGACGGACCCAUGGGUCGGUGUUGUCAAGACUAUCUCGAUCCUUUACCAGUACGGCGACACGCCCAUGCAAUGUCUCUUUGGCAACGACGAUUCCGGGAGCCUCACCAUCACGCCCACCGACACACCGCGCACCACGUUCGUCAACCCCCAGCGCGCGGGCGGCACAAACAUCAUCGCCGUCAUUUGGGGAGUUAUGUCCGGCGGCAAACCCGUCGCGCAGAACGUCAUCGAGUCCAUCAUCUCCACGGGCACCGUCGUAUGCACGAACGUUUUCUUCGGGUUCGACGGCGAGCCUGGUAUCGGGAAGACUGCCCAGGUGUUCUUCCAGUAUGGGCUGACUAGCACGAUUCAGUGUGCUGUUGGGAGGGAACAAUCGACGAUCACCCUCAAACCGCGCUCGCUCGCGUUCAGCGACCCGCUCCUCGGUCGCGGGUUGCUCCACUCGGAUGAGACGAGUACCGGCUUCCGCGUGCGCUCGCCGGCGACGGGCAAGUAUUGGACUGUGUUUAACGAUCAGAUCGUCGCUUCAGCAGCGGACGCGUUGACUGCUGCCGUCUUCACUUAUGUACCCACUACAGCUAGCACCGAUCCUGCCCUUGCAGUCUGGUCACCCUGCGGCCAGCUGCUCGGAUACGCGCUCGCAAAGACCGAAGGCUCUCCGGCCCUUGUGGUCCCAGUACAGUCCCAAUCCUCACGAGUCGACUACGAAUUGCCCGCCUCCUGCGGCUCGAGUGUGCUCCUCCUGAGCCUGACGCCCCCCUCCGCCUCCCGGCCCACUAUACUUUCCGAGGCCGCGAAUGGACAGAUCCUCGCCGCGAGCCUGGGCACCGCACUUGGAAACCUCGACGCCUCCAAGCUUUACUUUGAGUGGGUGCCCGUGGCCAAUCCUCCUACACUGGACGCCGCGGUGCUUGCAGACCUGCUCGAUCCGUGCGCGGUAUCCACUUUCAGCAUCCUCGCCCACUUCGUCUGGUCGCUCCCGAAGAUAGAUAUUGGCUUUUUCGGGACGGGCGCGCUCCCCGUGCUCGUGCAGAAGGUUGCACGGUGGUGGACGAGCCUCACGAGCGACCAGCGUACGAAGCUCUCAACAGCACUUGCCGCGAUGCAAGUCGUCUUCCGCGCGAGUGGAAGCAGCGCGCCGCUGAACUCGGGCCUACAGACGUUCAUCACCGAGGGCUUCACGCUCGUCAAGGCACUAUACGACCAGAACGUGCUGUGGUCGUUCUUCAAGUGCCUGCUCACCGACUGGAGCUGGUUCCAGACUGGCAUGCUGCUCGCGAACCUAGCCAAGUAUGUGCUCAACGUAACCGUUAACUCGAUCGGCGACUUCACGGUCCUCGCCACCCCGCUUGCCUUAUGGAACGUGGAGGCAACGAACAUCGUCAACGGUUGGGUCAAAGCGUACUCGCCGCCCGCCGCCCGGCACGGAUGCCGCCAUCCGCGACAACGUUUCGGCGCUGAUGGCGCUCGUGCCGCCUAUCGUCCAGUCCGAAGACGUUAGACGCCUCGACGUCGCCGAGAGGCACCAGGCAAUCCACGCACUUAUCAAGCCUCACUACGAGCGCAUUGUUGCAGGCGGAGUUUUCCCGCCUUCCGUUACCGACCCUUUGACCCUUCGAUUCAAGGCUGUCAGGUUGCUUGAGUGUUCGGCUGAAGAAUU